CCUCCUCUCUCUUGCGCGAGACAGAACCAGCCAUGUCGCAUCAUCCUCCGACUUCGCGAGCGAAGGCCCAGCCUGCCGGCAACGAGGAGGCCACCAACGUCCUCUACCUCGGAGAGUUCCAGGACGUCGACACCUUGACGCUGUCCGAGGCCGCCUUGGUCAUCAACGCCCUAGUAGCGAAGCGCCGCAAUGAUCGAAAGAACGUCAACGAGACUGAGAUGUUGACGAAAACCAUGGACUACCUAGACACGUUUGCGCGCUACAAGAAGAAGGAGAACGUCGAGGCUGUCGAGCGCCUGCUGAGCAGCCGCAAAGAGUUCCACAAGUUUGAGCGCGCGCAGCUCGGGUCUCUCUGCUGCGAGACGGCCGAGGAGGCCAAGUAUCUCAUCCCUUCCCUCAACGACAAGAUCAGCGACGAAGACCUGCAGGAGCUUCUCAACGAGAUGUACAAGCUUAUGCCGCGGUGAUCCCCUCACCACUCGGACGCGCACUCUCGCGCGCACACACACGAUCUACCGCCUACCUAUAAUGCGCGAUGCCCACGAUGAUAAUACCAUGCCCCGGAUAGAGAGAGGGGGGAGCGAGAGCGACGAAGGAGAGGGGCCGGAACACAGAGUGAAUUUCUGACAGGGGGCGUUUUUUUUUUAGACCGCUUGCUUAAUCGGUCAAUCAACUCAUCAUCCAGGGACCAGGGACAUUUGCAUUUGCAGUAGCAGACGGCGUAGGAUAGGAAGACAAAAGACAAAAAAACAGCAACUGGUUGACAUUCAGGGCCUUUUCGAUUUGUUUUCCGGCAGUCUUGUUUUAUACCCACCCCCUCCAGCGCAACUUCAGAUUGGCAAAUAGAGGCAUGAAGCGAAAGUUGUUUUUGGCCUUUUUGUUUUAGCAUCAGAUUCGGUUUCCCUCUCUUCCUCGCAUUCCAAGGGGGAUACAAUGUAUACUCUUCUAUGAAAGGAGAUAGUCUGAAUACCCUCUAAUAACUACGAAGCUAUAUACUCGCCGACCGUUCCUAGGCACAACUUCUCUCUUGGCUCGUGGUGCGGCUAAGCUGGUUCCCCUUCGAGACACACCAGAAAGUCGAUGUGAAGCUCCCGACACUAGGCUGGAAAGAAAUUCCUUACGAUAAAUACCAUGUAAUUAUACCACGUACG